GUUUAGAUAAACAUAAGUGAUCAACGACACCUUAACCUAAACCUCGGGCACGCCUAUUUAUUUCUCUCUAUCUCAAAGAUGGUAGACGUAGCGGGAGGUGUGGUCUUAGUAGUAUUUUACGUCAUAAUUCUUCUUAUUGGAAUACUGGCAGCAAAAUACACAAAGACAGAAGGAGCAUCUGAGACAGAGAGGUCAUUGGUGGCUGGGAGGCAACUGAACCUUGGUGUCGGAAUUAUAUCUAUGGCAGCAAGCGCUGUUGGAGGUGGAUUCUUAAAUGGAUUUGCAGAGUCCGUUGCAUUGUACGGCGUGGUGUGGAUGCUGAUGCCAAUCGGCGGGAUGAUUGCACUUUGCAUAUCCUCAUUUGCCUUUGGAGGAGUAAUGCGCAAGAGGAGAUAUCUAACAAUGUUGGACCCUUUUAAUGAGAAAUAUGGAAAAGAAGUUACUGCCGUAUUGUUUCUCGGUGCUCUUUUUGCUGAUAUAGUGUGGGCUGCCGCUAUUCUGAGUGCAUUGGGCUCAAGUCUUCAAGUGAUGAUUGAACUUGAUUUUGUGAUUUCCGUUGUUGUAUCGGCAGCGAUAGCAGUAUUCUACACGAUGAUUGGUCAAAUGAUAGCCGUGGCUUACACAGACGUCGUUGAGUUGGCGUUUAUAAUUAUUGGAUUGAGCAUUGCCAUACCAUUUGCAGCAACAAAUGAAAAUGUCAACCUAAGCUCACUAAGUGAAACACCGGAGAAAUGGCGGGGCACUAUUGAACCAAUGCAGAUUGCAUCUUACAUAGAUAUGUUUCUCGCACUGUGGAUAUUAUCAAGUGUACCAUGGCAGUGUUUCAUCCAACGGUUCUUAUCGGCAAAAUCGGUCAGAGGUGCAAAGAUAAUGGGCGUGGUUGGAGGAAUUUUGGUCGCAAUUGUUGGAGUAGCACCAAUUACUAUCGGAGUUAUAGGAAUUGCGACUGAUUGGAAAAAUACAAGUUAUGGUGAGGAUCCUAUACCCAACGAAGCAAAUAUGAUACUGCCUUUAGUGAUUUUUCAUCUAACACCUGAACCUGUAGCAAUAAUCGGACUUUGCGCAAUAACAGCUGCUGUGAUGUCCUCCAUAGACUCAGCCAUAUUGGGGUCAAGUGGAAUGUUCACCCAAAAUGUUUACAGAGUCAUUAUCCAUAAAAAGGCAUCACCACGAGAAUUAACGUGGGUACGACGAGUAUCACUCGUAGUGUUAGGAGUUGGGGCGUCGUUAAUAGCAAUCUAUGGAGGAAAAACUGUCAUUGGGUUGUAUUAUAUUUCUGCAGAUAUUGCUUUGGUCGUGUUCGCUCCUCAACUAAUUUGUAGCAUGUACAUUGAUGUUUCCAAUGGAUAUGGUGCCAUGUUGGGCUCUGGUUUGGCAUUAGUUCUUAUCUUUGGAAAUGGUGUGUCUGCGUUAGAUAUAUCCCCUUUUGUUCCAUACCCACCAUAUGACAGUGAAAAUGUUUUUCCUGUUCGUAUUCUAUGUGUGAUCGUUGCUCUCUUAACCACAGUUAUAAUUUCUUACUUCACGAAGAUGAUGUUCAAAAAGAGGCUAUUGGCUCGAAGAUUCGAUAUUUUGAACCAGUUCUCGACGACUGUAAUGGUGAAUGCGGAUAUCCCUGUUGGACAAGAGCUAAAAUCAGACGGAAACAAGGAUACAUAUGAAGCAAAAGACCUUAACGCCGAAGCUUUCGACAACCCCUAAACGAUUACAGAUAACCUCAAACCAUAGUACUGUAAAAACCGCAACCAAAUAUCUUGUGUAAAUUGUAAUGGCUCUCAUUUCCCUUUUAAUCUCUUGUUUCAAGUCUCUGAUGCUUCUAGGGUUGUAAUUAUACACAUUACACGUCACUUUGCAGACAGGAUACUCUUUGGAGCGAGUCUUUGG